CUCUCUCGCUCGCUCUUGAUAUGGUAAAGGGAUUUAUUGUGGAGGACUGAACUGUUGGAGCUGAUAAACGACAGGGCUGCGCAGCUAAAUAAAAGGAGGCGAUGUUCAACGCAAAACAGGAGCGAGUGGUACCUUGGCUUUUUCGUCUGGGCAGGACACAAGGCUUAAAUCAUCCAUGGAAAACUAUUAUAUCCUCGUGUUUUGCAGCUUUGAUGCUCGCCACAAGCUUCUUCAAGUUUUGUCUAUGCUUGAUAUAUACUAAAUGCUUUAGAAACACCAGCUGCAACAGUUGCUCACCGGGAGGGCAAACGGCGCCUCUUUUGGGAUCUCGCCUGCUCGUUGGCGACGCUGGCAACAUCGGUAAAGGCAGCCGCAGAUCAAACGCGGGUUCGUUCUUUAUAAAUCUCUUUAUACAGGAGACGAUCUUUGCAGGUUUUAAACAUAACUAUUUACUCACGGGAGGUGGCAUGGAGGACGACGAGCUGUGGGAUUUGGUGCUCACCGAUGAGAAGGGGCGUAUCCAUAUGAAGCCUCUGGAAAUGCCUGCACAUCUGGUGGCUAUUUCUCUGACUCCACAGGGCAGCACUUCGAUCCUUCCUAAAGAAGGAUCCCACCACUGAGAGACACAAUCCAAUCGACAGGUACAAACCGGUUCAGAGACAAUGCUAGGCUGAUCCGAUUCUAGUUGCCUCGAUGGCUCUAUACUUGCACAUAUACGGGCCGCUAGACUUCGGGAGGUUAAGGUGGCGGGUAGCGAUUACUACCCUGUUAUUCUGUGUUUCCUAAAAGCGGCUUCAUUCGAGGAGUUCAUAGA